AUGGGCACUCUAGAAGGAAACCACCACUGGAAAUCACCCUGCGAUAGUAGAAAACGAGCAUUCGAUCCAACGAAUGUAACUUACUGUCAAUCGCUGUUUGCAGUCGUUUAUGGUCGCAUAAUGAUGCUUAUGUCUACAACACAUGAUGAAUGUGAUAAUAUAUUGCAAGAUCGUAAACAUACACGAUGUAAACCACCAAUUAUCUCCCAGAUAGAUACACUACAGUCUUUACCUCUAAUGAAUAAAAUAACGCAGUUUUCUAAUGAUCACAAACCAAAUCCAAAUGAUCGUAUUAUAUAUACAUGUGGCGCAUACGAUUUAUUUCAUACUGGGCACGUUAGUUUUCUUGAAAAAGCAAAGACAUUUGGAGAUUAUUUAAUUGUCGGAUUAUAUACAGACAGUGAUAUUAAUCGUUAUAAAGGCAAUGAUCGUCCAGUUAUGAAUAUUCAUGAACGUGUCCUCAGUGUUUUGGCGUAUCGAUUUGUUGAUGAAGUUAUUAUUGGUGCUCCAUAUUCUAUCACAUUAGAUCUGAUGAAUCAUUUCAAAGUGCCAAAAAGUCUUAAUAAAUUUAAAGAAAUAGAUAGCGGCAAUGCAUUAACAACAACUGAUGUGAUAACUCGUGUUACAGAAAAUCGGUACGUGAUGUUCUUUUUUUGUAAAGCUUCUUAAAAAAUCCACUAGAGUAAGAUUUUAAUUGCUAAAGCAACAAGAGUUCUUCCGACAGAAAUCAGCUAAAGUGCUUGAAAGUAGAGUGUGACGUUUCUCUACUCUUCAUCUUCUCUCUUCGUUGUCAGACUGACUGCCCUCCUUUUGAUAACUCUGAUGCUUUUGACGUCUUUCUACAACUCUAGUUCAUAAUCUUUCUGCUUUUAUCUCCAUAGCUAUUAGUCCAUUGUUUUCUUCGUAAACAAUGAAUCCUUCGCUCAAGUAGUAUGGCAUCUAUUUUUAUUAUAAUUUUACGUCUGAGUCGAUGUUGAUAAGGUACCAGAAUUCGAUUCCUCCUCACUUGGAAAGUUGUAAACAUGAACACCGAGAGCUGAUACAGUUUAACAGGUUUUCAACCUUGUAUAAUAUAAUUCCAAUCUUUCAUCUCUUGAUAUCAUAGAUGCUGUCUGUGUAAAAACAAAAUAUCAACGGACAGAGAGUAGAGGAUGUAACCUACAAUUAUGUGCUUCCCAUUCAAUAAAUCUACUAAUGUUACAUUUCUUAAGAGUCAGCAGAUAUAAAGUUCAGACGAGUGGCAAAGAGUAAGAUACACGAUCAACCCAAAUGCAAGGGGAUAAAAGCACCACGUCAUUUCACUUCACUUCACCUAGGUAAAACGCUGCUGAAACGGUUGAAACAAUAAAAAAUCACUUCAAGUUAAGCGGAAGCGGUGAAGUGGUGCUUUCCCCCCUUGCUUCCUUCCCCCAACAGGGGCGCUGUUUCAAUAGUGAACUGAAAUGAAGUGGUGCUUCUAUCCCCUUGCUCAAAUGUCAUCAUUUUUGGUCAUCGAUAUAGAGCAAACAAAAUCUGAUAGUUUGGAAUCUGUAACUUUUCAACCUUUCCUUGUGGAGCUAUGGCAUCUUUAUGAAAAGCCCUAGUUUUGAAUUUUUAAUGUUCCGUUUCGAAACUAACUUUUCACAAAUAGUGAGUAUUAGGGAUGCAACGGUAACGGUAACCGCACCUUACCGAUUACCGUUACCGGUCCAACCGCAUCUUACCUGUUACCGUUACCGGUCCAACCGGUUCUUACCGGUUACCGUUACCGGUCCAACCGGUUCUUACCGGUAGCAAUAAACUUGAAAAAACAAAUGGAAUAUUUGCUACAUAAUUCAAAACACAAAAUAAAUGUUUCUUUAAUCACAGUUCUCUGUUAAUCAAUAUAACGUUGA